UUCAGCACUUUUGUGCUACGCUUGACACAGUUUCUUCGAGUCGCUGAGAUUGUCUUGACUCUGAAUUGAAUUGUUCCACUUCGCUUGGUCUAGGGUUUCGAAUCAGAUUCCUUUGAGCCAUCAAUGCUGGACGAAGUUCCAUUUUUUUUUUUGUCUGAUGGUCGUCUCCUGAUCGUCGAAUUGGCCCUGAGGAACGGGCUGAAGCCGUCAGUAUUGACUUCAGCGUGACUGGUUUUGAUUGAAGAUCGUGUAAGGGAGGAAAAGAAAAGAUAAACCCUGAGAAAUGGCGAUGGCCGGCCUCUACAGGCGAGUCCUUCCCUCUCCUCCCGCCAUCGAUUUCGCCUCCAAUGAAGGAAAGAAGCUGUUCAUUGAUGCCAUUCAAGCCGGAACUAUGGAAGGGUUCUAUAAGUUGAUAUCGUACUUUCAGACGCAGUCAGAGCCGGCGUAUUGUGGAUUAGCUACUUUGUCCAUGGUCUUGAAUGCGCUUGCCAUCGACCCCAGAAGAAAAUGGAAAGGUCCAUGGAGAUGGUUUGAUGAGUCAAUGCUAGAUUGCUGCGAGCCUUUGGAAAAAGUAAAAGCUGAAGGCAUCUCGUUUGGGAAGGUCGUGUGUCUAGCCCAAUGCGCUGGAGCUGAAGUCCAAGCUUUUCGAACUAGUCAAACUACGGUUGAUCAGUUCCGUCAGUUUGUGAAGAAAUGUUCUGUUUCAGAUGGUUCUCAUGUGGUUUCAUCUUAUCACAGAGCCACCUUUAAACAGACAGGGACUGGUCAUUUUUCACCUAUCGGUGGUUAUCAUGCGGGAAGUGACAUGGUGCUUAUACUGGAUGUUGCACGAUUCAAGUAUCCUCCUCACUGGGUGCCUCUCACUCUUCUUUGGGAAGCCAUGGAUACCACUGAUGAGAAAACAGGACAACAGAGAGGGUUCAUGAUGAUAUCUAGGCCUCGGAGGGACCCAGGACUCCUUUAUACCCUGAGUUGCAGAAAUGAGAGCUGGAAUGGUAUUGCAAAAUACUUGGCGGAUGAUGUCCCUCUUCUCUUGAAGUUUGAGGAUGUGAAAGAUAUUAAGAAGGUUAUUGGUAUUGUUUGUGCCUCUCUCCCAUCGGAUUUUGAGAAAUUUAUACAGUGGGUUGCUGAAGUUCGUAGGGCAGAAGAUGGUGGCACCAGUAUAAGCCAAGAGGAAAAAGGACGGUUAGCUGCGAAGGAUGAGGUGCUAAAGCAAGUCCAGGAGACUGGUCUCUACAAACACAUUCUCGAUUUCUUGUCCUCAUCAGCUUGUUGCCGAAGGCUAUCAUCUCUCACUGACGAUGACAAUUUUCACAAAGUUGCAGCUAGCAUCUGCUGCCAAGGGGCCGAGAUUCUGGCUGGGAAAACUGGUUCGGCAGGCUGCUCUUGCUGUCAGGAAACCUGCGUCAAGUGUUUGAAGACCGAUGAUAAUGAUAACAAACCCGUCGCAGUUUUAAGUGCGACUGUACUGAGCGGUCAAAAUGAGGAGAAAGUUGAUGUGCUUGUUCCUCCUUCUCUAGUUAAACUUGGAUGUGGUGUCUCCAAUGGCACAGGCAGUGGGUGUAUUAAGUUGCAGAAGCCAGCAGGAAGUAAUAUUUUGACUGCUCUUUUACUUGCAUUACCUCCAGAGACUUGGUCUGGGAUCAAAAAUGAGGAACUUUUGCGGGAGACACAUGGGCUUGUUUGCACGGAGAAUCUCCCCCCUCUGCUUCAGGAAGAGAUUUUGCAUCUACGGCGGCAGCUAUAUCUUCUAAAGAAGUGUCAGGAGAACAAGGUGGAUGAGGAUCUCUCUGCCCCGAGCAUAUAGUUGCAUUCGGCGCCUGCUCUGUAAAUGACUCGGCCUCCUAUAGAGAUUGAGAGAACCUCUCUCUCUCUCUCUCUCUCUCUCUUUCUCUCUCUCUCUCUCUCUCUCAAUUAUGAAAUCUGUAUCAAUAGCGAUAAUAUAUGAUUCUUACCCUUCUUCGGGAGAAAAGAUGCUCUGUACAAAGAGGGAGACUUCACGUGCUGAUAAAUCUCGAGCAGGGGAGCGGCAUUAUGAACUCGAACUCUUUCUUGAGGUAUAGACAGCCUCUGUUGAAGGUGGAACACUGCAGAAGGUUCAUACUGAUUUAUAGCCUUUUUUGUUUUCUUCGUUUUAUAUGGUCCUUGAUUGUCCCAGGCAUGGUUACUUGUUGAGAUUGCUGAUCGGCAAUGACCUUGGUAGAGCUCGAACGGGCCUCGACUCUUAUGAAGAUUCAACCUGCUGGAGACUAAAAAUGUAACAGAAUCUAUUUGCAUGAUGCACCAGGGUGGUUGAUGUUCAACAUGCGGAUAAAUUUACAUAUUUAACCAAUUUUCGGAUGGAUAAUGGCAUACCACAUACAUGUUAAUGGACUGAAUUUGAUGAA